UGACAUCAUUGAUGUGUUGUCACUGAUUGUCGGCAUUUGUAUUGAACAACACAUCACUCGUUACCACACUUUUGACAUCAAAUAAUCAUCACUUGAAUCGGUUGAACGGAUUUACACAACAUUUAAGUCAUUAUGGCCAACGCAUUGGAAGUGUUGAACAAGUUUUAUGAAGAGUACUCAUCAAAGACAAGCAAACGUCUUAAACUGAUUGACGCAUAUCUGCUGUAUAUCCUAUUGACGGGAAUCAUUGAGUUCUUGUACUGUUGUCUUGUGGGAACAUUUCCGUUCAAUUCAUUCCUCUCCGGUUUCAUAUCAACAGUCGCUUCAUUUGUAUUAGCCGUUUGUCUUCGGCUUCAGAUUAAUCCCCAAAACAAGUAUGAAUUCCGUGAGAUUAGUCAAGAAAGGGCUUUCGCAGACUUUAUCUUCGCUCACAUUGUCCUUCAUCUGGUUGUCGUCAACUUUCUCGGCUAAACUGAUCCCAAUUCAUAACAAUUGAUGACAUCGAUGGUAGCACUUAUGAUAAAAUAUUUAUUAUUGAUUUUUUAAAAAUAUAAAUUAAUUAAUUAAUAAAAUUUGUUUUUAAUUAUUAUAAUAUUUUCUGUUUUGAUAAAAUUCUUA